CGGCCCUCCCUGCCCGGAGCGGGGCGGUGCUGCCCGCGGCGGGCGGUCCCUCCGUCUGUCCCUGCGUCUGUCUGUCGGUCUGUAGCUCUGUCCGUCCCUCCGUCUGUCCCUCUGUAGCUCUGUCCGUCGGUCCCAGGUGCCCGGGGAGCGGGCGCGAGUCCUGGUGAUGGCAGCAAUGACAGAGGCCAACAAUAUCCAUGCAGUGACGGAAGGGCCAGAAGGAGAUGAUGCCAAGUGCAGCUUCCAUCACAGAAUGUUCCUGGAACCCCAAGAGAAGAAGAGUAACAUGAAGGCUCUGCUGGUUAAGCGAGCAAAAAAAACUUGCAGCUGCACCCCAGCCAAAAUUAAAGAUUGCUUUUUGGGCUUUUUCCCCAUCUUACAGUGGCUUCCUAAAUACAAAUUCAAGGAGUAUCUGCUGGGGGAUGUGAUGUCUGGGGUGAUCGUGGGGGUGCUGCUGGUCCCACAGUCCAUUGCCUACUCUCUCUUGGCCGGGCUGGAGCCCAUCUAUGGCCUGUACACCUCCUUUUUCUCCUGCAUCAUUUACUGCAUCUUUGGCACCUCCCGCCACAUCUCCGUCAGCAUCUUCGGGGUGGUUUGCCUGAUGGUGGGGCAGGUGGUGGAUCGGGAGGUGGAGAGGGCUGGCUUUGAGCUGGAGCCAGCCGUGCUCAGCGCCCUGCCAGCCCCGGGAGGGGACAGCAAUGACACCGGCAGUGCCAACGGGACGGUGCCGGCGCCGCUCUGCGACAGGAGCUGCUAUGCCAUGGCCGUGGCUGCCACCAUGACCUUCAUCUCUGGAGUCUACCAGGUGGCCAUGGGCUUCUUCCAGGUGGGCUUUGUCUCCGUGUACCUCUCGGAUUCCCUGCUGAGUGGCUUUGUCACAGGGGCCUCCAUCACUGUCCUGACCUCACAGGUCAAGUACCUGCUGGGCCUGGACCUUCCUCGGAGCGGGGGCGUCGGCUCCCUCAUCACCACCUGGAUAGACAUCUUCAGAAACAUCCACAGGACCAACGUCUGCGACCUCAUCACCAGCUUCUUGUGCUUCCUGGUGCUCGUCCCGGCCAAAGAGCUCAACGAGCGCUUCAAGUCCAAGCUCAAGGCCCCAGUUCCAGUGGAACUCUUCGUGGUUGUGGCAGCCACUCUGGCAUCUCACUUUGGGAAGCUGAGGGAGACCUACGGCUCCAGCGUUUCUGGGCACAUCCCCACCGGGUUUCUGCCGCCGCGCCCUCCGGACUGGAGCCUGAUUCCCAGCGUGGCGUUGGACGCCAUCCCCAUCGCCAUCAUCGGCUUUGCCAUCACCGUGUCCCUCUCGGAGAUGUUUGCCAAGAAGCACGGAUACACCGUGAGGGCCAACCAGGAGAUGUACGCCAUCGGCUUCUGCAACAUCAUUCCCUCCUUCUUCCACUGCUUCACAACCAGCGCAGCUCUUGCCAAGACCCUGGUCAAGGAGUCCACGGGCUGUAGGACGCAGAUGUCCGGCCUGGUGACCAGCCUGGUGAUCCUCUUGGUCCUCCUUGUGAUCGCUCCUUUGUUCUACUCCCUGCAGAAAUGCGUCCUGGCCGUCAUCACCAUCGUCAGCCUCCGCGGAGCCCUGCGCAAGUUCAGGGACCUGCCCAAAAUGUGGCACCUGAGCAGGGUGGACACGGUGAUCUGGGGGGUCACCAUGGCAGCCACGGCGCUCAUCAGCACCGAGAUCGGGCUGCUGGUGGGGGUUUGCUUCGCCAUGCUCUGCGUCAUCUUCCGCACCCAGCGCCCCGAGGCGCCGCUGCUGGGCUGGGUGGCCGAGUCGGAGACCUACGAGUCCCUGUCUGCCUACAAGAACCUGCAAACCAAGCCCGGCGUGGUGGUGUUCCGCUUCGAAGCCCCCCUCUACUACAUCAACAAGGAGUGCUUCAAAUCCACCCUCUACAAGCAAACCGGGGUCAACCCCGCGUGGGUGAAGGCAGCCGAGAAGAAAGCGGCGAAGAGGGCGCUGAGGGAGCAGGAGACGGGGUGUGGGGACAGCCCUGGCAGUGUCCCCACAGGCCUGGGGUCGGAGCCCGUGGGGUUCCACACCAUCGUGGUCGACUGCUGCGCCGUGCAGUUCCUGGACACGGCCGGCGUCCGCGCGCUCAAGGAGGUCUGCAGGGACUACGGGGACAUCGGCGUGCGCGUGCUGCUGGCGCAGUGCAGCCCCUCCGUCAGGAGCUCCCUGCUCCGGGGGGAGUUCUUCAAGGAGGGCGAGGAGCACCUGCUCUUCCACAGCGUGCACCAGGCCGUGGACUUCGCCCUGGGCGCGCAGGGCCACGGCGCGUCCAAGAACUAGCUUGGAAAGACAGAGACUGGGACAGAGCCCCGUGUGUGUGUGUCUGUGAAUGGAUGUGUGUGCUCUGUGCAGGGCAGGGCGGUGCCAGCACGCUGGCACCCUGCGAUCCCUCUGGAUUUACCUGCCAGGGGCAGUGAUUCCAUGGGAGGUACUGAAUGAAGGCAGUUCUCAACUUGAUUGUGGCCAGUCUGUGAAUCUUGAGUUGGCAUUGUAGGGUUGUUCACCUCAUGUCUCCUCUCUGGAGCUUUCUGCGUCUCAGUUUCAGUCUUAAGCUGUGAUCAAGUCUUUUUUGCAGCACUGUCCUUGUGGAUGGGGUGGGAUUUUGGGGUAAUCUGGACAUCCUGUCAGCUCAAGAGUGAGGCAGCUCCUUCCUCAUCCCUCGUUCUGGCAUUGCUUUCCAUCACCACACCCUUGUGUUUGCCAGGCUGCCAGGGACUGUUUGCUCUGGCCUCACUGGGCAGUGUUUGACUUUCUCUGAAUCUCAGAUAGAGAAAUCAAAUCUAAACAUGCAGGAAAAUAUCUUAAUGAAUAUCUUCUAACCAAGCACCUCUCACCUCCUGAGGUUUUGGCACUGCCUCCUAAUUCAGCCAGGCCACAAGGGCAUGGUUAUCUCAUUUCUCCACAGGCCUUGACCUGCCUGUGCCCAUGGAAAUGCUGCCUCUCCAGCUUGAUUUUAAUGAAUUUUUCUUUUCAUAGAUGACUCUUCAGAAGUCUGAUUCAUUCUUGUGGUCAGUCAACUGUUUUCCUAAUAUUUAGGAACUCUUAGAAUUGUGAGCGUUAGAUAUGGAAAAUAUCUGGUUCUUUAAUUUUAACCAAAAAAACUCCCUUCUAGGCAGUUUUUUUAUGCCAGGCAGAGAGAAUCACAGACACCAAAGUGAAAAGGGACAAAUAAAUUAUUCAACAUCUGCCCAAAUGUCACAUGUCCAUGUCACACAGACUUUGUGCAUAAAUGCAGGAUUUAUUGGCUAUAAACCCUCUGCUCUGUCCUGGACUUUAUGCAAUGGGAGUGCACAGACCAUUGGAAAAGGAGCCAGGAAAAAUCUUUACUAAACUUUUUUUUUAAUGAGGUCGGUGUUAUAGAGCCUUUUCCUUUGAUUUUAAAUUAUGUGGAAGUGAAGAGUGCAAAGGACACUCUUUAAUGCUAAAAUACAGGGGUAGGAAGAGGUUCUCUUUCCUCACAGCAGUAGAAUACAAUUGUGAAGGCAGAAUUGGCAGAUGAAAAGCUUUUCCUGAAUACCAGCUAUACACAGCACACAUCCUUGAAAAAAGGUGCUUUUCUCCCAGAGGAGUUUACAAUCUGAAUUUCAGGUGCUUCACAGCUUUUAAAAGGGAAGGGUGCUGUGUACAGACAAUAUUCUCAUCCUUAAUAAUUCAAAAAUAAUGAGUUAGAAGCCAAAAGAGGCAUAAAAUCCAAUACGAAUUGUGUAAUGUUUACUAAACAGAAGGAUGUGUUGAGUUUAAACUGUUCUGUUUUGUUUUGUUUCCGAGCAAGGACCAGUAACUUUUCUCUUCUUUCUGUGAAAGCUGAAUGUCAGGGAUCACUUCACUCUGGGAGCCUCACAGAAGGGUGGGGCAGCAGCAAGAUGAGUCCUUUCUGUGUCAGCUGAACUUUCUGCAUUUUUAGGACACCAGAGCAGCACAGAAGUGCUGGGGGAGGUGAGGAGUGGCUGUAGCACAGCCUGGAAAAGGAGAAUCUCACUGAUAUCCACCCAUGCCCUGUCCUAGAACUGGCACUGGUGAGGGAAGAGCCCUCUGUGUGUCACUGAGAAAAGCUGCAGAGUUCAAAGCCCACAGACACUGCUCUGCCUCAGCCCUGAGCCUUGUUUAGGAAGCAGAUCAAUCCCAAAUCCUGCUGAAUUUCUCCUGUGCUGCCUCAAACUCCUGCAUGGACAUCUCUGUUGUGGGCUGAGGAUCCUUUGUGCAGUUUGAGGAGCUGGAAUCACUGAACUGGCAUUGCCAGAGAGGAUUGGGCUGAGCUGUACAAAAGCACAGAGCAGGGUUGUGUUUUUAGGUUGUGUUUCAGUUUUUAACCAAACCUGUUUUGUGUGGAGUUGGUGGAGCCCCUGGGUGGGAAGGUUUGUCCCCACAGGGGUGGCAGUGCCAUGGCCUGGGGAAGUUCCUUUGCAGCACAGUUAGUUCACAUGAUCAGAAAGAAUCUCUGGACCUUUGAACAAAAGCCUCGAUGCAGUUUUGAAAUGCUGAUUUUUGGUUCCUCUUUUGCCAGAGGGCAGAGCAGGCUGGAAGCACUGAAAGUGCAGGUGACAAAGGAGGACACGUGGUUGUUGCAAUUUUUUUGUUGUUGUUGUUGUUCCAAAUGUUUUGUGGGUUUUUUAUUGCAAAUGUUCCUGCCUUCCUGCAGCUGCCUGUUCUCACCCCUUCGCCCUGGGGUAUGGGCAGGACACGGGGAGAGGAGGAAGGAGCUGCUGGCCAGGAGACCUCAGGGCAGGUCAGCCAUGUGUGGACAAAAGUCAAACAAAAACUGCUCCGGGUGAUUCUUUCCUCUUUCCCUCUCUCCCGUGUUCUUUCCGUGCUGCCCAGGUGGAGAUUUUUUCACCUGUGACCCUGCACAGGUUUGUGUAACCAAAUUCCAAACCUUUCUUUAUUAAAAGAUGGUUUUGUAAAUCCAUUCCUACUCGUGCCAGGAAGGGAGGAAUAGCAAUGUUAACCCCGAAAAGGACCCACUUCCCACAGCUAGUGGGAUGUGUAUUUGUGGCUCCUGGGUAUUUAUUUACAUGAAAGCACAAUGAAACAGCCAUAAAAUGAUUUUUUCAUGUAAUUAAAUUAAAUUACAAGAUGUGCUGAAGAUUACCUGGAGCAUGUUGCAUUUGGCCUCAGUGCUGUUGGUGCAGCCUCCAAAUUCAAUUUCCAGCAAAACACAAGAAACUAUUUAAAUGCAACAGCAAAAGCAGCCAGGCAACCAAAAGAAAUACUUUUAAUGUUCUUAUUUAAAAUUACAUCCGGGGGUCGUAGCAUUGAUAAGAAUCUAUUAAUGCACACUACCCUAGCUAAAAGGGAACUGAAAUAAAUGCCAUUUCCCCGAGAGUUCAGUGCAGUAAGGGAGUUCUUGGGAAUUAACUGGAGAUUAAAGCUUAUUAUGGCUGGAAUUUCUUAGAACAGUGGGUUUCAGCCCUGUUCCUUUUAGGUAUGGAAUCAUUUUUUAGCAGUGACAUAAAUCUGAUUUAAGCCUGGCAAGCUGCACAUUUUGCUUGCAUUUGUUUAUGAAGCCUUUAAGGCAAUCCAGUUUUACCUGUAGGAAUUGGAGAUCACUGAUUGUAAACUUUUCCUCUAAAGCAUUUGUUUUAUAAAGGAAUUCCAUAGAUUUACAUAUUUUGCUGCUGUGGGAUGGAUGCAGCAGCUGAAUAUCUCCAUUUAUGCUUUUGUGAUAUUCCUGUCCUGUCGUGGAAAGGGCUCUCCUGCCUUCUGCUGCUUUAAAUGAACAUUGGUGGGCAUGUGCCAGGUAUUUUAAGGGGAAUUCUGCCAUAUUCCCUGCUUCCUGUGCCUUCCCUCAUCCCCUGAAUUUACGAACUAUGGGAAGAGGGAUUGGGUUUGGGUUAUUCAUCAGUCUGGAGCAGGGUGUUCCUCCCAGGUGCAACCUUCAGAACCCCAGGCCAGACUGGAAACUGCUGUAAAUCAUUCAACUCUAUUCCCAAAUGUCCUAAUCAGCAGUUAUCAGUCUAAAUGAAGAAUUAAGAGAUCAUUAGCACGUUCAUUAAUGACAAUAACACAGCAUUAUGGAAAUGAAGACUCUGUCUCAGCUGUUCUGGAAAUGUCUUUAGCACUCUCCUGCUGAAUGCCAGCCUCCGUUUCUCUCUGGUUUUCCCUCCUGUGUGGCUGAGUGGUGUCAGUUCCUCUAAGAAAUGUUUCACUUGUCUGAAUGUUCUGACACAAAACCCAUUUUCAGUGCACAAACCAGGGGCACGAGGGUUUAUUUUGGGUUUCCACUGCCCAGCUGAGGUUCAGUGGUGCUCAUUUCCUUCGAGCUCCAUCUGCUCCCAACCUCCCCCUCCCUGAUGCUUUUCUGUGUUUUGCUGCAAGACACUGAAUAUUGACAGUAAACAGAAAAGUUGUGUGUGUUGGUGCUCCAUGUGACCUGCUGCUGGGUUUUCAUGAUCUUUUGAUAAAGCCAGAGCUCCUGAACAGUAAAGUGAGUGUAAAACCACCCCAAACCCCCAAUCCUCUGGGAGAGCCAGGCUCUGCUGCCUGGUUUGUGGAGCUGCUUGUGCUGCCCAAGAACCACAGAGGAACCUGGGGUGUCUUUAUUUGGGAUUACUGUGAUUUGAUGUCAUGCCUUUGUCCACAGUGAGCAUGGCAUGAGCUGCCUGUGUAGAAAUCAGGGAUUUCUGGGGUUAUGGUUCUUUAUUUUUGUCUAAUUUUAAUCUCAGUCCACACCAGCCAGGCCAGCAGAGCUGCAGCUAUGGAAGCUGCUCCCUCCUGGGAGAAAUCUCAGCCAGGAGAAAUCUCAGCCACCCUUUUGUCUCUGCUUAUUUCUGCUUUUUUGCCUCUGCUUAUUUCUACUUUUAAAAUCCACUGCUGGUGGGGCUGAGGAGCAGAGGUGAGAAUUGCAGGAAGGAAAACAUCGUGGCUGUAAGCCAUGCCCAGAGCCUUGUGCUGAGCUUGGGGAGCUCUGCCUGGGCUCUGUCCUAGCUCCAGCUGAGGGUGAAACUCUUGGGCAAAAAUCUUUUUCAGGGCAUUAUCUUCUGUUGUGGGUUGGGUUUUUUCCACCUGCUUUGGAAAAGUGAUUAAAUGCUUGAGGUAAUUGACUUUUUUUGUAAUUAUUUCUUUUUUCUAAGCUGAUGAAGCUGUGAUGCAAACAUUCCUGUGCUGCCCUUGCCGUGCUGGGGCUCUGUGUUUGUGUCACUGGGAUUGUUGUGCCGGGUGUGGGACGAUGCUGAGGGACUCCAGUGUUGGUGUCACUCCAAUAUUGGCGCAUUUCUCCACCCCAGGAGGGUUUGCAAUCCCUGCUGGCCCAGACAAGAGGAAUCCUGUCUUGAGUGCAGGCUCUGCACUGGGAAUGACCUCGUUAAAUCCCAAAAAUUAAUUACACCAGGUCAUCAUCUUUAUAAGCCUUUGGAGGAUCAGCUGCUCGUGUGAAAAUCAACCUGAUCUUUGUAAUUCCAGUCAAAUUCUAUUUGAAGUGGAAAUAAUUCUCAGCCUUGCUUUUUCUUUUGAGAUCAUUGCAGUGCUAAAAGCAAGGCCUCUGGUUGGGUAAAAUGGCAAAUAUUUAAUAUAUAUAUAUUUAGUUCAUAGCGUAAUUAGUACCUGUCUAUUUUAUUUUCUAGAGAUGCUAUAGGCUAAGGCAUAGUGGUAUUCUUUGAUGUGCAAAUUCAUCAAAUAUUUCAGCAUUGGAUGAGAACCAAAUUUCCACUGAGGUAAAAUUACUGCUUAAAUAUUGGAAUCCCAGCUCUGACAGCACUUAGUCCAGCUCCCAGAUGAUCUAAAGACUCUACAUGUAAAUAGGAAACAUUUUGUUGAACUUGGGUCCAGUUUUUUAUAUCUGAUUUUUUACUUAAAGAAGUAAAUUUUAUGUAUAUUUGAAAUGCAAUUGAAACAUGGUUAAGGUGAGGUAAAACCUCAUUUUUUUGUGACAAGCACAUGAUGCUCUGAGUCUUUAGUUCGGUGUUCCUGACCAUCUCCAGUAUGUUCUGAGGUGUAAUUUUUUAAUAAUUGAAAAUUUAGAAUAAUUUUAGACAGUCGUGAAGAGUCUUCUGCAGAACAGAUGAAAUGGAGGAGUGCCAGGAGCUUUGUGCCAGGAGUUUGUGGGAGGAUAACUUUAACCAAACAGGACCUCAGGACUGGACUAGAUCUCAGCAGAUCUGACCAGUCUGCAAAAUAAUUGAUGUUAUUGGAGUAAAAUGUGCGGAAAUUGUGGAGUGUGUAGAAAAGAUCAUUUUUUUGCUGUGAUUGUCUGUGCAGUAAAACCGAGGUGUGACACCCCGAGCUGGGUGGGGGGGCUGGAGGAGCUGUCACUCCCUGCUGGCAGGGACUGUCCCCGUGCCCAGUGUGGGCACAGAGGUGCUGCCACCACCCCUCCCUCAGUGCUGAGCUCACCAAGAAGUGUUUGUAAGGAAAAUUUGAUUUUGUCAUGUCCUGCCAUCAGUUCUGUGUCCACCCUCUGCCUGUUGGUGGCUCCCCUUGCCCUGUCCUGUCUGAGCUGUACCCAUUGUUAUUUUUAACUGCUCGUGUGCUUUUUUGUCACUGGAGAUUUGUUAGCAUGAGAGUUUUCUGUCAAAUCUGGUAAAAUCGUUGGGGUUUCUUCAGCACAAUUAAAAGAUGAGAUUUGUGGGUU